CACCCGACCCAUUCGCGCCGCGACGCAUGGAGUUGGCAGGCGUCGUUGACGACGCGGCCGUCGACGGCGUCGCGGGCUCCAGCCUCGCCUGCCUGUUGGCGCCAGCUGACGAUGCCGAGACACCGUGGAGCAAGAGUGGCAGUUCAAGUUAUGGAGUAGGGGCCAACAGUGGGGCGGCCAAAGACACCAGCCAGUAUGACCGCAAACUCAGCGGCAGCUCGGGCUCCACGCCGGGCUCUGGCUACCGCAGCGGCAGCAGCACCGGCGGCGGCAGCGGCAGCGGCUACCACAGGGAUCUGUCCUCGGACCGCAAGUACGGCUCGCAGCUCGACUCGCCGGCUGUCCGCGACCACUCCUCUACCAGGACCGGCUCCUACUCUGACACCAAGUACGGCACCUACCCGCACAGGAGCAGGGCGGACGCCAGCCACGGACCCCCGGUGACGCUGCCGCCCACGCCGAGCAGCGGCCGGCGGUCACGUGACCCCAGCCCCAGCACCGAGGCGCCCGGCGGCGGCUCCACCCUGCCGCUGCAGCUGCAGCUGCGCAUGCUCUCGCACCGGCCCUCCUACUCGCGCUCUACGUCGCGGGAGUCCGCACCCACCUCCCCUUCCACUUCCAGUCCCGGCUCCAGCAGGUUCUCCAGCGCGACGCUGCCGCGCAGCCCGCACGCCGACAAACCGGCGCCCGUCUUCGGCAGGACCGACGACAGCGCCUCUACCGACCGCGAACGGACCUCUUCGUAUACGCCCUACUCUGCCAGGUCCAGGAAUGAGGAGCGCUCCCCGUACCUGUCGUCGCUGCUGUCCAGCAAAUCGGACGAGCGGCCCAGCAGGGCGGAGGAGCGGCCCUCCGGCUCGCCCUACCGCCCUACGCUGCUGGGCUCCUCCCCCUCUCUCGGCUCCACGUCUGGCAGGACACGCCCAGAGGAGCGCAGCCCCUACCGGACCUCCAACAGCACGGACUCUCGGGCACUCGGCCCCACCGCGUCCUACCUCAGCCACACCAACGGGCCUCUGCGCUCCAGGCUAGACAGCUCAACAGCGACCACCGCUUCACGAGAAGACAAGACUAACACCACGACCACCAACAAGGUGCAGGACGGAAAGGCGGACGAGGAGAGCUCCAGCGAAGAGGACGAGUCUGAGACGGAGGAGUCCGAGUCGGAGAGCAGCGAGGAGGAAGAGGACGCAAAGCAGAAGGCGGGCGGCGGCCAGGUGCGGCGCCGGCCCUCGCAGACGGUGUUCGUGACGGUGGUGUCGCGCGGCACGUCGCCCACGCCGCCCUCGGCCUCGCCGUCGCCCUUCCUGCGCAGCCGGCGCGCCGAGCUGGCCCGCGUGCUCGAGCGCACAGUGGCGCGCCCCAGCGCCGCCGCCCGGCCACGAACCCAGGACUGCGGCGUGCAGUCCGACCGCGGCGACGACACCUCGCGGACCUCGCGCUUCGCCGGCGCCUCGCGGCCCUCGCCCUGGACCUCCUACCUGGACAGGUACUCUUCCUCGCGUUACUCAUCGGGCAGUGGCUCCUCCCGCGUGGGCGGCUACUCGCUGACGUCAUCCUCCCCGCGGACGUCGGCCUCCCCCUCUUCGGACAGCCUGGCGUCCAACGCGACCAGCGCCGCCAAGUCGCCGAGCGCGCCAUCGGUUUCCGGUGACUCUGCAGAAGACUCAACCAAGGACAAGGACAAGGAUAAGGCCGCUGUGGCCUCGAGCGCCAGCGCACCCAGCACGCCAUCCUCCGAGGCGCCCUCCAAGGGCGUGACGCGGGCCAUCUCCUUCAAGAGCCUGCCCAGGACCAGGGCCUCCCCAGACUCCAAGGACGAGAGCGCCACGUCCAGCCCCAGCGGCAGCGCCACCGCCAGCGCCGCCGAGGCGGGGAAGCCGCCCGCGCUCAGCCGCGCCGCCUCCUCCAGGAACGUCUCCUCCAUCAUAGGUCGCCUCCAGAGGUCAGACUCGGACCUCUCGACGCGCUCGAAGUCGUCUUCAGCGGCAUCGCUCUCGGAGAAAUCACCAGCGCCACCGCCGGCCAGGCCGGAGGCGGGAGCGGAGGCGGCUGCGUCUGCCCCCAACUCACGGGCGGCCACGCCGCACGACUCCGAGUCUUCCCGCGCGUCUGCGCCGGCAGACGCGGCGGCCAUCAAGACUGCCCCUUCCGAGAUGCAGGCGCAGACGACCAGGACGCGCUCGCCGUCGGCGUCGGCGUCGUCGCUGACCGACGCCCCGCGCUCCAAGUCCGGCUCGGCUUCGUCGCUGUCCGACAAGGCGGACGCGGCCGGCAAGCCGCCCCGGGCGCCCUCUGCGAGCGCCGGAAGCUCUGCUGGGUCCGCCGCCUCCAAGCCGCCACCCUGUCCGCCGCCCGCAGACCUGGCGCGCUCCAAGUCCACGCUCUCGGCAACCUCGCUCGCCGACAGGCAGACUGGUGAGGGCUGCUUACUUUCUACUCACAACUCACUGGCCAGUUACUCCAUCUCCCCACUCUCACUGUCAUCUCGUUCACACCCCCACCAUAACCGCAACGUGGAAAUGUUGUCGGAGGCGUCGCCAAGAAGCCCUGGCAUCCCAGUUAUGGCUUUACAAUUGUCGUAA